AUGACAAAUAUUAAAAUGGUACUAUACUUACCUUUACCCAAGGAGGUAGCAGCAAAAAGUAGUAGUAAUAGAAGAAGUAGUAGAAUUGAAUUGAAUAGUGGUGGUGCAAAUGUUGAUUUUGGUAGAAAGUUUAGAUGUCUAUGGCUUUUUAAUUAUAAUUUUUGUAUUUUUAAUAAUACAACCAACUAA